AUGAUUCGUACAAGUGUAAUUACUUUGUUGACGAUUUGCGUGGUGUGUUCGUUUUGUGAUCGUGAGUUCGUCUCGCUUGGUCGACAUAAAUGGCGGUGUAAGGAACGUAUUAAUCAUGAUGAGAAAGACCAUGUAGAUGCUCGAUCCCGGGAAAUGCCAAUAACAAAGUCACCUAGUAUUCCUGUUCCUAGCGUUACUGUUGUCAAAUGUUGUUGUGGCAAAAUAUGCAAAGGCGUGCGUGGUCUUAAAAUGCAUCAGCGUAGUUGUCAAGUGAUACACAGCCUUAACGACGAACUGGCUACUGAUCUGGAAGAACAAAUAACGACAGAUGAUACUACAAAUACUCCUGAAUCUGAAAAUUGCCAAGCUGAUAACCAUAUGACUUAUGAUGAUCGACUCCCUGAACUCAAAAAAGGCAUUAUUUUACCUAAAAAUGACUCUGAAUGGCUAACGGCUAAUGAUUUUUUCAAAUGUGCGCUGCAGAUAAAUCAUCCAAUCAGCUCUCCAGAUGCAAAUUCAAAAAUAAAGUUAUUAAACGAUGUUAUUUACAACUACUUCGCAGAUAAUUUUGGUCAUAAUGAGUCUAUUCCAGAUAAAAAUAUCGUUGCUAAAUAUAAAGAAUGUACAGUUAAGGAAUUAAAGAAAGCGUUGCAGAAUUUAAAACGUAACGAAGGUAACCUUACUGAAAUUAGACACGUCUCUCGAAUAUUGCGUAACAAACUUCGCAAUAUCAACAACAACGACGAUGGGCUAGCCUCUUGCAAUCAGACGCUCAAUCACGACAAGUAUAUCACCCGGAACUUUUGGGGCUAUAUUAAAAAUAUCAUAAAUAAGAAGGAUUCAAUAUUACCUUCCUUCAACGUGAAUGAUUGCCUCACUUAUUUUUCUAAAUCUCUGGCUAAAAUUAAUCCUAAUCAACUGUUCACUAUUCCCAGCUGGAUUCCAAAGUUAUGUGACCCCGAAGUUCAAUUUAACCUUAAUCCCCCGACAUACCAACAAGUUACUAAUGUUAUACGGAAAAUGAAAUCGUCUGGCUCCCCUUGUCCCCUUGACCAACUUUCCAUUAUUUGUUUCAAGCGAUGUUCGUUUCUCAGAAGUUACCUUACCGAAAUUAUUCAUGAAAUUUGGCACUCUGGUAAUGUCCCAACUGAAUGGAAGCGAGCAUGUACAAUUUUAAUUCAUAAGAAAGGCAACACCGCUGAUCCUUCAAACUUCCGACCAAUUACGCUUCAGUCUAUACCAUUAAAAGUCUUCACGUCCUGUCUAAGAAAUGUAGUGUACUCCUUCCUAGCAUCAAAUAACUUCAUCGAACACAAGAUUCAAAAAGGUUUUACCCCCAACCUUUCUGGAACUCUAGAACAUACAGCGCAAAUGGCUGAUAUCAUCAAUAAAGCUCGGAUCAGACAACGCUCUGUUGUCAUCACCUUACUUGAUCUAAAAAAUGCGUUCGGCGAAGUCCAUCAUAACUUAAUUCAAUCAGUCCUUGACUAUCAUCAUAUUCCCGAUCACAUUAAAUUAAUUAUAAAUAGUUUAUAUACCGACUUCCAAACCUCAAUAAUCACCUCGGAAUACUGCACUCCAUUCAUCCCCGUUGGCCGUGGCGUCCUGCAAGGUGACUGCCUGAGCCCUCUCCUUUUCAACAUGUGCUUUAACACCUUCAUUCAACAUAUCAAAGUUGAAAAGUACCGUCAAUUUGGCUUCUCCUUUAAAUUGUUAAAUCCUAUCCACUGGUUCCAGUUUGCUGAUGACGCAGCCGUAAUUACUGGCCAAGAAACUGAAAACCAACAUCUGUUGAAUCGUUUCGCUAUUUGGUGCCAAUGGGCUGAUAUGAUUAUCCGUGUUGACAAGCGUAGUACCUUUGGCAUUAAGAAAGCAAUCACAAAAUCAGUGCAAUACUUGCCCAAACUCUUCAUUCAUAAUAACAUGAUACCAACAAUUAAGAGCGGUGAAGCAUUUAAUUAUUUAGGACGUUACUUUGACUUCAACAUGUCGAAUGAGAACCACAAGUAUGAACUUAUUACCCUUAUCAGUGAGUUAAUGUCUGAAAUUGACUCAAAACCACUCCAUCCAAAGAAUAAACUUCGUGUAUAUAGUCGUUAUGUCCUAUCAAAACUGUCAUGGCAUUUCACCGUCGCUACACUCUCAAAAACAUGGGUCAUCGAAAAUAUUGAUUCCGUAGUCAAUCAAUACAUCCGUAAAUGGCUAGAGAUUCCAAUCUCGGGAACACUUAGUUCUGUUUUCAUAACUUCUAAUAAAUUCGGCCAAGGUAUCUAUCCUCCAUCUGUAAAAUUCAUUCAAUGCCAAACUGUUAUUCGGAAAGCCUUAAAACUCUCUCCUAAUGAAGAAAUUAACGAGUUAUGGAAAUCUACUAAUACGCACACUAAUAUUCAAUAUGACGCCUAUAACAGUUCGAAAGAAGUGAUUAAAGAUUUCCGCUUAGGACAUGAAGUUAAACUCCGAGACCAGCUUCAUAUUCAAGGAUCCUUUUUCUCCAGUGUAACAAAGUUAUCAUUAUUACAGCUAAACAAG